AUGGAACCUCAAACCCAAGUCCCUAGACUCUAUGGACCCAAACCCAAGUCCAGACGCUAUGGACCCCAACCCAAGUCCGAGACUCUAUGCGACCCCAAAACCCAAGUCCCGAGACUCUAUGGACCCCAACCAAGUCCUAGACUCUAUGGACCCAAACCAAAGUCCCGAGACUCUAUGGACGCCCAAUCCAAGUCCCUAGACUCUAUGGACCUCCCCCAAGUCCCUAGACUCAUUGGCCCCAAACCCAAGUCCCGAGACCUCUUAUGGACCCCCAAACACAAGUCCAGAACUCUAUGGACGCUCAAAAGAGUCCUAGACUCUAUGACCUCAACCCAAGUCCUAGAUCUAUGGACCCAAACCCAAGUCCGAGACUCUAUGGACCCAGUCCAUAGACUCUAUGGACCCAAACUCCAGACUCUAUGGACCCCAAAACCAAUCCCUAGAGACCUCAAACCAAGUCCUAGACUCAUUAAUGGAUCCCCAAACCCCGAGACUCGACCCCCAACCCAAGUCCGAGACUCUAUGGACCUCAAACCCAAGUCUCUAGACUCUAUGGACCUCAAACCCAAGUCCCUAGACUCUAUGGACCUCAAACCCAAGUCCCGAACUUAUGGACCCCAAACCCAACGUCCCGAGACAUCUAUGGACCGCAAACCCAAGUCUAGACUCUAG